UUGUAUGUGAUUUAGAAACAAGGCAUAGAAAGUGGUAUCCAAGCUAUUUAUUUGAUAGGAGAGUCUGGAAUAGAUCACAGAAAACAAAAAGCAAGAAGGAAACAAAGCACGUGUAACAAUUCAACUGUAACGUUAUUAUGUGAUCCAUUUGAGAGAGAAAGGGAGGGGCUAGAGACGAGGAACGUAGUGAAUUGGAUGACACCGUACGAGCGCAAGAAGGUUGACAAGAUAACAUAGGAUGUUAAAGAAAAAGGAGAAAUCCUGAUUCAUCAAAAUAAUUUUUCAUUUUUUUGAAUACAAGUCUGUCGGCUUGAAGCUUAUAUUUUGGAGUGUGGCCGUAUACUGUAGCCUUCACGUAUCGGUUAUUAUUCUUUAGCCUAUUUAUUUGCGGGGCCCUGUGCCAUAAUGGCUCGACAGUAGCCUUGGACAAUGUGUUCAAAACGUCGGAUGUGUCUUUUAUCGAGGAGAUCCCGUUAGAAUAUGAUUUUAACGUACCAAUAUAUACGAUAUAUAUGUGAUUCCCAUCAAAAUAAUAACGCGCUUUUCCGUGCGGAUCCAUUCGAAAUCUGGGCGAAUGUAAUUCUAUAGCGCAUCUCUACAUCCUUAUCUGGUUCUCUGUCCUAUUGGUGCGAUGGCCUUCUCUCUUCUGGCUAUCCUGAUAUUAUCUCUCCACGCUCUCUCAUCCAUUGGCUGUCCAGUGGGAUGUCGCUGCUACAGCCUGACUGUGGAGUGUGGCUCUACGGGCCUCCGGGACAUCCCCUCACAUGUCCCACCUUCUACACAGACCAUCUUCCUUCAGGACAAUGCUAUCGGGCAGAUUCGUCUGUCAGACCUCUCCCAGCUGGGCCGUCUGCACUACCUGUAUCUGCAGAACAACAGUAUCUCAGCACUGGAGCCCGGGGCCUUCCAGAGCCAGGGUCAGCUUCUGGAGCUGGCCCUCAACGGGAACCGCAUCCACCUGGUCACAGCAGACAUGUUCAGGGGCCUGGAGCACCUCCGCAUCCUCUACCUGGCAGGAAAUGACAUCACUCGCCUACAGGACUACACCUUCAGAGGCCUACAGCGUCUUCAAGAGCUUCACCUGCAGCAGAAUAGCAUUGAGAUGCUGGGAGACCAAGGUCUAGUUGGUCUGUCCUCUCUGGCCCUGCUUGACCUCAGCCGGAAUAACCUGCACACCAUCGGCCCUGCCACCCUGCGGCCCCUCGUCAGCCUGCAGGUGCUGCGUGUCACAGACAAUCCGUGGCGUUGCGACUGUGCCCUGCACUGGCUGCGCAGCUGGAUCGAUGAGGAGGGCCAGCGCCUGCUGAGCUCGGCCGAGCGGCGCCUUGUCUGUUCUGAACCACCCCGCCUCUCCCACCUCAGCCUGGUGGAGGUGCCUCUUAACAGCCUGGUGUGCAUCCCCCCUCUGGUGCAGCUGGAACCCCGCCGCCUGGCCGUGCGCCUGGGGGAGAGCCUGCGCGUCUCCUGCCAUGCAUCUGGUUACCCCCGGCCGCAGGUCACCUGGAGGAAGGCUUCCCAGGGUAAGGUGCAGCUCUCCCCCCGGGGGCUGGUGCAGGACCUGGGCGGUGUAGGGACCGUGGGGGCUGAGGAUGCAAUACAUCCAGCUGCAGGACGGGUGAGACUCCAGAAGGAGGAUGGGGAGCGCUUCGAUCCAGACACGGGCAGUGGGAUGCUGUUCCUUAGCAACGUGACAGUGGCUCACGCCGGGCUGUAUGAGUGCGAAGCCUGGAAUGCUGGAGGGGUGGCCCGUGUGACCUUUCAGCUCGCAAUCAACUCUUCGUCCUCGUCCAGUUGGUCCCCUGCCUCCUACGCUCCAUCCUGGCCUCGUCUGCGCUCCAAUCGGCCGACAUCGUCAGACGUGAGUCGAGAGCCCUUGUACGCCCUUGGCAGCAUGGCCUUCAGCGCACUGGGAGCUGCUACUCAGACUGCCAUCGCCAUAGGGAUCUCCCUGCUGGCCCUCACAGCUCUUCUCCUGGUGGCCAUGAUCUACAGCCGACACCGCCAUCGGCAGAAGGACACAGAUGACAAGGAGGAAAGCAUCCUGUAUGUCAAUGAUUACUCGGACGGACCAACAACCUUUGCCCAGCUGGAGGAGUAUCGGGAUGAGCGCGGGCACGAGAUGUAUGUUCUGAACCGGGCUAAACCCGUCCUCCCACCUUCCACCACAGCCACUACCGCCACCCUGGGGUACCAACAGCAGGAAGCGCUGUCUCCCACAAAGCCCCAGAUAGAGCCGGAUAUAAGGACAAUGAGAAGGAUGGCAGGGGAGGGCGGGGAGGCAGAGCCGGUGACAGCCGAGUCGGAGGGCUUGUUUCUGAAUCACACAGGCUUGUUCCUCGACUCACAAAUUGCAUAUGAGAUCCACUGCUGAAGGCACCCAGGACGACGUUCACAAUGAGAUAGUCCAGAGUGCUUAAUGUCACUUGGUGACCAAACCUCCAGACUGCAAUGAGGGUUCAGAUGAAUCAUAAAUCCUGAUUGCUCUGGCUCCAGAGUGACAAGUUUGAGCAGCAGUACGAUAUAAAGACAUGGCAGGAGACAUACCUCCCUCAACCAAAACCCCCACUGUACUGUACCUUACUGUGAUAUGAGAAAAUGUGUCCUUCGUCCAGCUUGAACAUAUACUGUAGCUACUAUAGUAAGUAUGGAGAACCAUUACAGUGGACUGAGUAAUGUGUGGUGGAGAGACCCUUAUUGUGACACUUCUGCUGUUUAUAUAAAGUAAACUGUAAUAGGGGCCUAAACAGGCUCACCUGGUUGGGCUCUGAGAGGUUUAGAAAUGUAAGAGGAAGGUGCAUCAUACAGUGGGGGAAAAUAGUAUUUGAUCCCCUGCUGAUUUUGUACGUUUGCCCACUUACAAAGAA